UCGGCACUUGAUGCCAAACCACUUAUCUUAUACACCACCACCUUUUGUAUAAUGUUUUCUUCCACCUCUUUGAUAUAGAAGGGUGUGUUGAUGAUAUUCCCCUUUCCCUUCUUAUCCAUUCCUUUUGUCAGCCUCCACGGCUCUUUAUACACCAACCUUUUCUCUAUCACAACUUUUAUGAAGAACGACCAAAAAGCGAACAGAGACGGCGUUCGGAAAUCACUUCUUCCUUCUUCUAUUUUUAUGGCGGAUUUUCCAGAUAUACCCCUUGGGAGUUUUCGAUGUUUUCUUACUCUUCUACUUCUAUUCUUUAUUUAUAUUCUUUGUUUUCUCUUUUGUAUUCGAAUCAAUCUUAUACCAUACACAUGUACAUCUAAAUCAUUUCAAGACAAUUGACUUUGCGGCUGUGAGAUCUGUAAUGCUUGUUCCACCGUUGUGGAAUUGCAUACCCCCUA